UCUUUUUCAUAUUUUAAAAAACACAAACAAAGGUAUUAGAAGAAAAAGAUGAAGCUAGUUUGGUCUCCUGAAACAGCUUCAAAAGCCUAUCUUGACACCAUACAAACAUGUGGAAUUUCAACGAAAUCCAGUGUAGCGGAAUUUUUAUCAGCUAUGGCUGCAGGAUACAACGCGAAAUUAACAGUUGAAGCAUGGAAAAGUGAUAGUAAGAUAAAUGGUGAGUCGAUUGCCACGAGCAUCGGCCUAGCCAUCGCGAUAAAACACAAUCGUGGAAGGUACGUAUGUGUGGUGCCAGACGAAAAGUCAAGACUGGAAUAUGUAGGCGCCAUGCAAAAUUCAGGCGUGGCGUUACCAGAAGUGAUGGUGGGAGAGGCAAAAGAGGUGAUGGAAAGGCUAAAUGGAGUUGAAUUUUUGGUUGUGGAUGAGAGGAGAAGUGACUUUAUUUCAAUCUUUAACAGUGCUAAAUUGAGUCAUCAUGGUGCUAUUUUAAUGUGCAAAGAUGGAAGCAAAAUAAGAAAUAUAGAUAGUAACAAGUUUAGUUGGGAUACUGUUCUUAAUGGAAAAGUUUGUGUUGUGAGAUCAGUGACACUUCCAUUUGGGAAUGGAUUGGAGAUUGCUUAUAUAGCAAGUAAAGAUGGAAAUCAGAAGGUUCGAAAAUACGCAAAACGAUGGAUUAGACAUAUCGAUCGAAAUUCAGGUGAAGAGCAUGUUAUUCGACGAUGAAUCACAGAGUUAUUAUAACGAUGGUGUCCAAGUCAAGCAAUCAAUUGAGAGCCUAACUUAGCUAUGUUUGGUCUUUUCCUUGUCAUGAUCGAGACCUCAAGUUGGAAAAUAUGCCAAAUGUUGGAUUAGACGUAUCGAUCGAAACUCAAGGAAAAAACAUGUUAUUCGAUGAUAUAUAGCAUAUUAUUAUAAUGAUGAUGUUCGAGUCACACAAUCAAUUGUGAGCCUACUUAGGUGUUUGGCCUUUUCCUUGUCAUGAUCGAGAUGGAAUACUUUUUAUAUUAAUUUGUGUAUAUAUAUAAGAUAGGAACCAUUAGUAUUUGAUUUGGUUUAUGUAAUAGCCAUCGUUAUUAGGUUUUUGGUACUUGUACUCUACUAAAUGGUUUGUCCUAUGCUAAUGAGGCCUUGUUUAUAGAUGAGGUUGAAGCCCUUUUAACCUUUG